GGCAGCUUGCGACCCCUGGGUUUAGCGCUGAGCGGGAGGAGGCGCCAAUCUGCACUUUGAUUCUGGAACGCUGCAUUUGUUUGGCAGCAUCCUCGAUUCCUACUAUUAGAGACUUUGUGUCAGGUUUUCUGUGCUCAUCAUAUGCGUGGGACGGGACCGGUGCCGGACAGGAUUGGCACGAGAAAAAGAAUGAAGCAAGCAAAGACGUUGGUGGCGAGGGACCAUGCAGAGAGCGAUUGCUUCUCCAAGGAGUGCCACCGUGUGGAACAGAAGGCCUGGCAGAUUUGUUGCAGGCUCCGCGAUUGAAUCUUUGAGGGCAUCGGACGCGAUGGCAUCAUCCCCCUCCUUAAGACUGCCCCCAGCCCCCCACGAGCUCUAUCAACGUGUCCGCAACCACUUUCCCUACUUCAACCCAGACAAGAAGAACCCGGUCUUCUUUGAGAACGCUGGGGGCAGCCAGUUGCCCCUCACUGUCAUCGAAGCAGUGCGUGAGCACAUGCUGGACCACUACGUGCAACUAGGGGCGGGAUAUGAGCUCUCCAAUCGGGCGACGAGCACAGUCGAUGCGGCGCAUGACAUCAUCAAAACCUUCCUAAACGUCGGCGAAACGGGCGAGGUCGUUCUUGCGGGCUCGACGUCCGUACUUCUCGCCUCUGCUGCGGACGCCUACCGACGGUCCGGCGUCAUUCGGUCCGGCGACGAGAUCAUUGUCCAGGUGACGUGUCACGAAGCGAACGCCGGGCCCUGGGUGCGCCUCGCAGAAGACGUCGGCGCAACUGUGAAAUGGUGGGGUGUAAAUUCGGAACCCCCGCACACGUCGAGCUUCGAGGAGCUGGAGAAUCUGCUUACGGACCGGACGAAACUCGUGGCGGUGACACAUGUUUCCAACCUUCUGGGGGAGAUUCUGGACGUACGAAGCGUCGUUCGGACCGUUCGGGAGUCACCGGCGGGGGCGCAGGCGCGCAUUGUCGUGGACGGAGUCGCGUACGCGCCGCACCGCGCCGCUGACGUCAGCGCCUGGGGUGUAGACUGGUACGCAUUUUCGGUGUACAAGACGUGGGGGCCCCACGUGGCAGCGCUGUACGGGAGCCACGUGGCGUUCCGGGAGCUUGAGGGGUUUGGGCCGAACCAUUAUUGGAUCGACGGGGCGGACGUGCCGUACAAGUUCGAGCUGGGGGGUCCGUCGCAUGAGGCGUGUGCAGGAAUUCUGGGCUUGGCUCAAUAUAUUAGCGCGGUGGCUCGAGAAAGCAUUGGGCUGGAGAGGGGCGCGGAGUGUGGAUUUUCAAACGCUGAGGAUCCCCAAGGGGUUCGAUCUUCGGGAGAAACAUCUACUAGCGGGCGGGCAGAGCAGGCAAGCAAACGGAACGGGAUUGCUCCUUUGAACAGCAAUGGUCCAGGGUCGAAUGCGGAGGAACAGAACGCGCCGAACGGGGUCGACUUGGCAUCGGUUGCGGUUGGAAAGUUAGAUGUGGCCCGCAAGCGGGGGCUGCUCCGACGAUCGGACGUCGAGACGUUUUAUCGAACGGUCGUCAGAAUGGAGCAGGCGCCGCAGGAGAAGCUUCUCAAGUUCCUGCUGUCGAAGCCCGAGCUGACGGUUGUCGGACCUGCCACGUGGCAGUCGGAUGUGCGAGUGCCCACAGUGAGUUUCGUCCACCGGAGCAGGACGUCUGCUGAUGUCACUAGGACGCUGCACAAGGCAGGGUUUGCGAUGCGCCAUGGGCACAUGUAUUCGAGACGGUUGUUAGAGUCUCUAAAAUACGAAAAUGUGGAUGAUGGAGUCAUUAGACUCUCGCUUCUUUACUACAACACUCCUGAAGAGGUCGACACGUUGAUUGGUUACAUGGACGACAUCUAAAAAUGAAAGUGAAUCUAACCCCUAUAUGGUUUUUGAUAGAAGUAUAGGAGGUUUAUACCAUUGUACAGAUCGGAACGACAUUCGGCGCGGCAAUAUCUUGUAACAUUAUAGCGUCUAACUCUAGAGCAGGCUCAGUGAAAGGCGCCCGGGCCCGGCCGUCCUUAAGGAUGAACGAUUCACAUUCGAGAUUAAGUAGGUUGGCAAACCAAUGAUAGCAAUGUGGCUGCAGGACGCGGUAUAGCGGGUGUGCUUCAAAUCCAUAGACAGAAUGCAGAUUGCAUUCUUAGUCAUGCCAUGUCUGAACGCGCGGCAGAAAUGUUCCCCAGCCAUGGCUUUUCAUGCAGCCACAGACGUUUCCGACUGCGAUAACUAAAGACGAUGCACGUUAAUUGAUAAUUGAAUUGCCA